UCCCCCUCCGCCUCCACCUCUUUCUCUAUCUAGUGACUGACGUUCACUAUCAUUCGUAACACAAACAGAACACUGGAGUUAUGGCGCGGAGGCCACAUGAAAUAUUUACCGGCUAUCGGAGGAAUUCUCUACAGUACAGAGAAGAUAAUAUUACCAUCCAGAGAAGCGAACAUGGAAUUAACCAUCGGAGGAAUUUACAGCAACCAUCGCUAUUCAACCGUACAAUUAAUAGCAACAGCAACAAUGUAUACAAAAGUGUCCCUCUUGUGGAUUUCAUCAAACAACAACAGGCUGACAUGGGCAACCAUGGUCAGCUCACUCAAGAAAAACUGCAAGACCUGCUGACCACUCAUUUGGUUCAGCAGUUCCUACAGAUGAGGCAGUCAACAAAUGAACAGACGAAGCCAGCUGACUUGGUGCAAGAUGUACACAAUGCCAAUAAAACUGCUGCUGAGGAGUCACUUAAAGAUAAUGUCAAGAAAGCUGAAUUACCUGAUUCUCUCGAUAACGCAACAAAAUUGCUCAAUGAAUACCAACUGGAUGAAUCUGAGCACAUGUUCUUGCGUCUGCAUCAACAGGCAUUAUGUAGUCCAGAUGACCAACGUCAAUCCCUGGUAAAUGUACUUGUAAAUCUUGCUGAAAUAUGUUUACGUCGCAGCCGCAGAUGUCGAGACAAUCCGAUGGAGAAGCAGUGGCUUUACACUCAUACCAUUGCCCUCCUACAAAAUGCAUCAGAAAUUUGUGAUAAAGCAAUGCACGGUGAAGAUGGUGAAGCAUGUGACACAGCUUGGUUUGAGCAACAACAGUUAUCCAUUUCAACAAAACUAAGGCCAGUUGAAGAUAACCAAAGCCGUAUUCUUUAUAACUGGCUGAAGAAUGAAGAAAAGAUGAUUGAGACACUUCGGCCAUUAUUUGCUUCAACACCAUCAAUUCAGACCAAGAAUUUCCCCUUGACACCAAGCAUGCCUCGUCAGAACCUGUUUCCUGGGAUGCCGUGUUUUGUUUCAAAUGAAGCAAAGUCAGACAAGGAUAACUUUGCUGAAAGGUUACGAUGGCUUACAAAAUUUUGGCGGUACUGCCGAGAUCGCUUACAUAACAAAAACUUCAAAGAAAUUGUUGAGCGACUCUCUGAGAAAGUUGAAGAAGAAAUGAACAACUUUGAAUCACCAAUUUCUCCAGUUAAUGAAAAUAACAACAACGAGAAAGAAUUUGAAGAUGUCUUCUACCUUGAUGUUGAGGAAGUACGGGAUAUAGGAAAUAUCAAAGAACUUUCAGAUGUUAACUCUCCUGUCCGCCAGUACUCCCUAUCAUACGAGCUCGCCUCUAGUGAUGUCAAUGUUGAGGGAUGGGACUUCUUUUUGGAAGAGCGUAAAAAUUACAAGUUUGACACAGUUAUCCAGAUGUCGCCACAUGUGAAGUCUCAAACUAAUGAAUGUGAGUUUAUUAUAGACACUGAACUUUCUGAUGAGAAGCAAAGGUUGGCUGAUAUGUCCGAACUGAUUUCUCCCUUGCAUGAACACAGCAUUAGUCUCACUAUUGUACGUUCUUUAAUCAAACUUGCAGAGAGAUUAGCAAAAGAAGAAGAUUUUACUAAAGCCGAAGCACUAUAUGAACAGAUUUAUAUUAUUCUCUUUGAAAUUCAAGAUUCCAGUGUGUCUGUGAUGAAGUUGAAGGCUAAUGUAAUGAAAAAUUUGGGAAUGUUGAAAUGCAAACUCAGCAAAGGAGAAGUUGGACUGAAAAUGCUCAAGAAAGGGUUACAAAUGUGCCGUGAACUUGGGGAAGAUGGAGUUAACAGUGAAGUGUCUGUUCUAAUGUUUGAACUUGGAAAUGGGUAUAUUGUUGAGAAGUGGAAUGAUGAGUCGUUCUUUGACAAUAUCAUUGCAGUGAUUGCUGAGUCUUUUGAAAAAGAAUUCUCUGAUCCUGAUAAUGAAACCUCAUCGAGUCAGACUUCUCAAAAUGAAAACAAUAAUGAAAGUAUGAAUGAAAGUACAAAGAUAGACGAUAAAAAUGUCAAAGAAGCAAUGUCUUGUUUUGAGGAAGCAAUAAGUAUACUAGACGAGAUACCUCAGCGUGAUGAGAAACAAACAGAUGUCCUUGCCAAAUCCUAUCUCAAACUUGGGGAUUGCCAUUUUAUGAUGAAAGAAUUCAAUGAAGCACUCAUUUGUUUCGAAAAAUCAUGGACCCUUUUCAAUUCUCGUGGUCAGUCAGCUGGGAGAGCUCUGUUCUUAGAGAAUGCCCAUGUUUUGCUUAUGUUAGGCGUUUCAAGUUUCAUGCUACAUGUCUACCCACGCACUGUCUCCGUGUUCGAACUGGCCUAUAGGAUGCUUAGGUAUGCGUAUGGAUUGUCAGGACAAAAUUUUUUUGUUGGCCUGAUUCUUUCAUUACUUGGAAUAACGUACUACAAAUUGAAAUAUUACCACAAAUGUGUGUCUGUUUGUUUUCAAGCUUUUGAAAUUUUCUCUAACCUUUAUCAAAAUACAUUGUCUACUCUUCCCAAGCAUAAGUUCUGGUUGGUUUGCCAGACAUUAUAUGUCCUUGGAAACUCAUAUAAUGUGCUUAAUUUACAACACAAAGCCAUUAAAUACCUCUCUUUAGGCAGGUCAUUGAUGUUGUCCACAGAUUCUGCUGACAAAAGACAACACAUGAGAAUUUUACAGAUUCUAGGUGACUGUUAUUUUGCACAAUAUGACUACAAAACCUCACUUGAUUUCUACAAUGAAGCUCUUACUCUUGCUGAUGACAAGGAGAAUCAGGAAGAUUUUGAUCCAAACCAGAGCUCUGAAGAUAUGGCCUUGCACAAUCAAUUGCUAAGCCGUUCUGCAGAUGCACAUAUUAGCAUGAGACAGUACCAGAAUGCUGUUCACUAUUUAGAGCAAGCACGAGAUAUUCAGGAUAUUUUACAAGAAGAUAUUAAAGGUGACCUGGUCAGUACGUUAAAGCAACUUGGUCAAAUGCAUUCUGUGGCAGGGGAUGUUGAAAAGGCUAUUGAGUCCUACAAUGAGUGUAUCGAAAUCUAUAAGGAAAUCCAUGGAAAACUUGAACCAGAAAUGUGUGAAACUCUUGGAAAUUUGGCUACAAUGUGCUAUGUGAAAGCUUGUAUUUGUGAAGACAUUGACCAAGAACUUGAAAUGAUUUUGAGAGCAGAGCAAUGCUUCCAAGAUGCUCUCACAAUGGAAAUGAAUCAUUGUGUUUGUGUAAAAUAUGCCAAUUUCUUGUACAGCCAAGGAAACUAUGAUGAUGCUAUAUUAUAUUUAGAAGAUUGUUUGAAACUCCAAAUCCCAUUUCCAAACAUUGUGUAUGGUGGACUGGAGAAAGUAACUCUACCCGAACUUCUUCAAGAGGAGGUUGAUGCCCAGGAAGAAGUGGUACUUCCAGCAUCGUCUUUGGCAUAUUACUUACUAAUUCUUUGCAACCGGUUGAUGAAUCGUGCUGAUGGAGCAGAAAAGUAUAUCCUACUUCUCAUGGAAGAAGCAUACUUAUUUCAAGACCCUCUCCUUCAUUCCCUUCUAGGAUAUUCCCUUAUGGAGUUGUCUCUAUAUGAGGAAGCAGCCCUCUCUUUUUUUGAAGCAGCAAUAAUGCAACCAGAAUAUUUCCUUGCAAUGGACAAUUACUGUAUCUGUUUAUGUCUUCUUGUUCUCACCACACUACAGCGAGCCAUUAUUACUAUGCUGAAAAGUACUGGGGUAGAGUUUGAGGAAUAUUCAUAUGAUUGUAUCUCACCUUUCUCAAAUUGCCAGCUAACACCAAACUAUCUGGAAUUAUCAGAUACAGAACUACAAGAAAUUUUCAACUAAUCCUGUGAUAUACAAUUUUUUGUUAACCUCUUAUUUAAUUUUUUUUUUUAACUAUCAAUCUGCUCUGAUUCCCUCCAACAACAACAA